AGUGUAUCAUUGUGUACGGGUCACUAAUUGAAAUAUAUAAUUACGAAAAAUUGGUAUAUGGAUAUCUGAAUAAGCUACAUCACGUGACAUAAAGAAUGGCGUAUAUAAAUGUCACAAUAUCGGUCAGCAAACCUGAAACGUUUGCGGGCGGGGAGCAGCCGGGAAACAGCUUUUUGACGGAUUGGCAGGACAAAAGUUCACGAAGGAAUCAGCCAAAAGUGGGUUCAAGCCAACGUAUGCCCUCUGUACAACAAACGGCAACGGGCAGUAACAAAUCAUCGAAGUGGCUUUUUGAUGAGAAAUUUCCCAUUAGUGAUGACUUGAUCACGACGCCAACGAAAAGACGCCCAGACUUCGGGAGAGGAAAAAGGACAAGCUUAGAAAGAAGGCCUAUUCGAGAAAAGACUUUUAUAGAAAAUGCACCACCAGAUGCUCCUGCAUGUGAUGAUGCACGUUUUACAGAAAAACCGUUGCCUGACCAUACAACGCACCCUAUCGCUGAAGACGGUGUCAACUGGAGGAGCGAGACGGAAGUUAAAGUUUCUGGAAGCGACCCAGCUUUUACGAUUAGUGUCGAAGAUGAAGCGCCACCUAGCACAAUACUUCAAGCCGUUGAAGACAGUACCAACAAGCAGAAAGUGGAAAAUGUCGAGGAACUCGACGGGGACAGCCAGGUGGAUGUAAGUAGCGACAGUGAUUGCGAAUGUCAAAUGGGUAACUUCAAGUGGCACAACAUGUCGAAGAUCAUGGAUAACUUGUUUCUUUGUGGCUACAAUGACUUCGAUGUCAAAAAGCUGAGAAAACACGGCAUCACACUGGUGGUUAACACGACACGCGACUUACCUGACAGACUUGCCCAGGGGGUGACGUAUCAACGUUACCCAGCCAAUGAUACCACAGUGGAAAACAUCGGCCGGUACUUUGAUGCCGCCGCCGAUAGGAUACAUAACGAGAUCAAGCGAGGUGGUAAGGUACUGGUGCACUGUUUGGCUGGCGUUUCGCGCAGUUGCAGCAUAGUUCUCGCGUAUCUUGUCAAACAUUGCAAUAUGUCGCUGCUUGACGCUUUUCAUUUUGUUCGGAGGCGUCGCCGUGUCGUCAGCCCGAACAAAGGGUUUUUCCAACAGUUGAUCGAUUUCGAGAGGCGGAUUCGACCCGGAGAAGAACCAUCGGUGAGGAUGGUCCGCUCUAAAAAGCUCUGGUCAAUGCCAGAUAUUUAUUGCAACGAAAGUAUGAAGUAUCAUCUACUUUAGAUCGUUAUCCUCACGCUGUGUUUUAUGUGACAAUAUCGUAAUCGGUUUUCUGAGCCCGUCAUCGAGAUUCUUGUUUCGUAUGGAACCCAAAUCUUCAAUGAACCCUCCAUUCAUAAUAAUGCAGUCAUUUUGAUAUAAUACCAAUCUGAAACGUCUCUCCACAGAUGCCCCGAAAAGUGUGCAAUGCUGUUGAAGUAUACUUGUAGGGUGGGCCAACAUCACACUACAUUGCACA